CUUGAAUUCCAAAGUGGAUCGAGUUUCCUCCCGAUACGUCACUCCGGGAUAGGCUGCGAGCUAUUGAGCAACGCUGUCAGUCAACGGGGUUUCGGGCUGGUUACCUCCGCGUCUACGGAAUCGGACCCCCCAGACAGGAGAAAGUAGCCUUGCCCAUCGCGGGUUUAAGGCUCUGGGAUUAAAGUGAUCGCCAGUCCCGCAGCUUUCGUCGAAACUGCCGGCGGGGAUUCAUGCUGUGUUGGGUUAGCUAAAUGCGGUACGAAGCUAAAAUGAUGCCGAUGUUCCUGACAGUAUACCUCAGUAACAAUGACCAGCAUUUUACUGAGGUCCCCGUUACCCCGGAGACCCUGUGCCGGGACGUGGUGGAGUUGUGCAAGGAGCCUGGGGAGACGGACUGUCACCUAUCUGAGAUGUGGCGUGGAUCUGAGCGAGCUGUAGGUGACGGGGAGAGGAUGCUGGAUGUGCUCCAACGAUGGGGACAACACAAGGCAGAGGUGCGCUUCUUUCUGCGUCACAAUCGAGCCCCUAGCAGGGAUUCAGGCGGGUCAAGAGGCUCAGAACCAAAGAGGAAUGGAGUAAAGGGUCCUCCGGAUAGAAGAAUGGAGAACGGGGUUGUGACCCCCCGCAUGGACAUGACGCUGGCCGAACUACAAGAGAUGGCUGCCAGACAGCAGCAGCAGAUAGAAGCUCAACAACAGCUCCUCGCUUCCAAGGAGCAGCGGCUACGCUACUUGAAGCAGCAGGAGCAGCGUCAGCAACAGCAGGCCUCUGAGCAAGAGAAACUGCAGCGUCUUCGAGAGAACAUCGAGAACCAGGAAACUCGGCUCAAGAAGGUCAGGGCCAUCAAGGGUCAGGUGGAGCAGAAGCGCCUCAGCAAUGGCAAACUGGUGGAGGAAAUAGAGCAAAUGAACAACCUGUUCCAGCAGAAGCAGAGAGAACUAGUGAUGGCUGCAUCAAAAGUAGAGGAGCUCAGCCGACAGCUUGAGCUGCUCAAAAAUGGCAAAAUGGACAAUUUCCAUGAUAACCAGAGCUCUGUGGCCGAACUAGAUCGCCUCUACAAGGAGCUGCAGCUGAGGAACAAGCUUAACCAGGACCAGAACUCUAAGUUACAUCAGCAGAGAGAGAGCCUGAACAAGCGCAACCUGGAGGUGGCUUCCAUGGACAAACGGAUCAGUGAGCUCCGAGAUCGGCUGUGGAAAAAAAAGGCAGCACUGCAGCAAAAAGAGAACUUACCUCCUCAGAUGCCCUGGCAUGCAGAGCCUACCCAUGCCAAUAAUGGCUAUCCUGGUAAAGAGAGGGCUUCAAAAGACACUCAUCUUCAGGUGCCCUCUGAUGGCCAAGCUGGACAGCAGUCAGGUCCAUCUCGCGUGGCGGCGGUUGGCCCUUAUAUCCAGUCGUCCACAAUGCCCCGGGGCCCAGUGAGGCAUGAGCUGCUUGUAAAACCUGCCUACCCAGACGGCACUGCCACCUUACCAUCCCACGACCCACAAAGCAAGGCCAGCCCAGCAGGAGCAGAGGAGUCUGGGACACCUGCUGUAUGUGAUGUCACUCUGAGCACAGAAGAAGCCAUGUUCUUGCUUAAGCCUCUGAAAGAGCUGCGGGCUAAGAGAAAAGGUCUUCAGCCUUCCAAAAUGGCAGACUGGGGCUCUUCAGGUCCAGAAUCCAACGGUCAUGGUACAGCAUCAACACUGCCCCGAAUGACCUCUCACUCCAACGCUAACGCAGAGCAAGAUGAGACUGAACAGAAGAGGGACAGAAAGGUGCGUCCAUUUUCCAUGUUUGAGCCAAUGGAGGCUCCUGUCUCCUCCCUGCGCAAAAACCAGAGCAGUGAUGACCUGGUCAGGGACGCUCAGUCUGCUCCCAAGGCUUCGGUCAAGGUGCCUCCUCCUGUCCCAACCAAACCGAAAGGACCUGGUGUCAUGCCAUAUGGCAAACAGGGCCUCAACACAGGCACCUUCCCUAAAGCCAAGCCCCACAGCCAGCAGCCCCAGGUCGCCCAGGGCCGCAGCCCUCUCCCACCCUCACAGAGCCAGACACUCCCCCUACCCUCCAAACAGGACACUCCACCUGCAGCCACGGUACGGCCCUUCACACCAGAGCUGCCCGCCUCCAAAGACGGCAGCAUGAGUAAGCCCCAGACCUUAGCGGCCAGCUCCAUCUACUCAAUGUACACAAAGCAGCCUGGCUCAGGGAAGCCUUUCCAGCCUGGAGUGCAGGGGGCUCUCAACAGGACUCAGAACCGCACCAAUGGAUUUGUCAGUGUGUACGGUAAACCAGUGAUCCCCGGUGGAGGCUCCCCACAUCCAGAAAACCCUUACCAAGACCGCCGCUCCCCUGCCUUUGAAACUGAAAUCGACCACAAUGGAGCCAACUAUGUGGGUCCAAGCCCAUCUGAGGGCCCACAACCAGAAACUGAGCGUAUUCCCCGGCCCCUCAGCCCCACCAAGCUGCUUCCCUUCAUUUCAAACCCUUACAGGCAUCAAAGUGAUGGUGACCUGGAAGCUCUGAGAAAGAAGCUGUACAAUGCACCUAGACCCCUGAAAAAACGAAGCUCAAUCACUGAACCAGAGGGUCCUGCAGGUCCUAACAUCCAGAAACUCCUCUACCAGAAGACCACACUGGCAGCUAUGGAGACCAUUGCAACUACACCAACCACUCCAACCUUUGCUGGUGAUGCAGAGAAGGCGGCUGAGGGCUCUGUUCCCAGUCCUUUGAGUGGAGCAGAGACCCACCCAUCAGAGAUGGGGCAGACUCUGGAGGGUGGUCAUCUCCCGUCUUACAUUCCAGGUGCUAAUGUCCACGUUCCAGCCCCUCCUGAACAGACCAAGCCACCUUCAGCCAUCCCAAAGAGCGAGGACAUAAUCCCCCCUCCUCCACCAUCCCACCCAGCCCCGAGGCCAGAUGAUGCUCUUUUCCCGCCACCGCCCCCUGCUGGCUUGGAGGAUGCAAUGACUAACCUGCCGCCUCCACCUCCAGAUGGAUUCCUGGAAGAGUUCCCCCCCUACCCACCACCGCCAUAUCCCAGUGGAGCAGAGCAGGACAGCUUAGGAGAGGACACCUUUAACAUGAAGGCACCAGAGGUCACCGGCCAGGUCACUCUGCCACCGGGCAAGAGGACCAACUUGCGCAAGCUUGGCUCUGAACGCAUCGAUCACAGUAUGAGAGUGAAGUUUAACCCUCUGGCUCUGCUGCUGGACUCGUCUCUGGAGGGAGAGUUUGACCUGGUCCAGAGAAUCAUUUAUGAGGUGGCCGAUCCCAGUCAGCCCAACGAUGAGGGAAUCACUGCUCUACACAAUGCUGUCUGUGCCGGACAUACAGAGAUAGUCAAGUUUCUGGUUCAGUUUGGUGUCAAUGUCAAUGCUGCUGACAGUGACGGCUGGACCCCUCUCCACUGUGCUGCAUCCUGCAACAACGUGCAAGUGUGCAAGUUCCUCGUGGAGUCCGGUGCAGCGGUGUUUGCUAUGACUUAUAGUGACAUGCAAACGGCCGCUGAUAAAUGUGAAGAGAUGGAGGAGGGCUAUACUCAGUGUUCGCAGUUCCUCUAUGGUGUGCAAGAGAAGAUGGGCAUCAUGAACCGGGGUGUGGUUUACGGUCUGUGGGACUAUAGCAGUGAAAACCCUGACGAGCUUCCGUUCCGUGAGGGUGACUGCAUGGCCAUCCUGCGCAGAGAAGAUGAGGACGAGAUCGAAUGGUGGUGGGCACGCAUGGGUGACACAGAGGGUUACAUCCCCCGUAACCUCCUUGGGCUCUACCCGAGAAUAAAGCCGAGACAGAGAACCCUGGCUUAAUAUACAAAGACCCCUGCACAUUCCAGUCUGCCACACACGCGCGCACACACACACACACACACAUAUGCACAUGCUUUAACAGACUGGAGAAGAGAAGGACACAGCUGAAAUGAAGAAACAAGGACAGACCAAACAAAAUGAAGGAUCUCCAGCACUUUCUAUUCCUUACCUAAUACAGAGGGAUUCUCUCUCCCUUAUUUUCCAGGCUUCACUGUGUACUGUGUACUUCAGACACUAUUGGCAUUGUUUUUCUUUUAUCAAACUGUUGUUGUUGUUGUUGUUGUUGUUUUGUAAUUAUUGUCUGAUACGAUCUCAAACAGAAACUCACAUGUUGGGAAGUAACUGGAACGAGCAGUAUUUUAAUUGCUGCAAAGUGAUUUUUUUCCACUUUGAAAUACUCUUUUAAAACAUGUUUUAUGCGCCACCAGUUACUUUCCAACAUACUUCUCCCUGCAUCUCAUCAAGUGGACUAUGAUGAAAUACUCUUGUUACCAUGACAAUCUUUGGGGGCUUGUUUCUCCUUGUUUCUCUGUAUAGCUGCACUUGAGAUGUUAAGUUUCUGUUGUGAAGUCUCUGUUCUGGAUAAAGAAAUGAAAUGAUGUGUAGAGAAAAAAAAAAAGCUUUCGAUUGAUCUAUUGCUGUUAUUCUGUGGUCUAUGAAACCCAGAAAGCCAGUCUGCUUUCCUGCAUUGGCACGUGGUUGAGAUGCCAUAGAUACCGAGUGUUCACAUAUUUCUGUCACAGAGAAUAGUAAAACGUUACUGUAGGAAAGAUUUUAAUUAGGAAAAUGUGCUUUCGAAACUCUUAAGAAGCUCUUUUUACCAAGACAGACAGUUGAUGCAGUAUGAAGUUCAUAUUUUUUUACAGCCAUUCCAUGAAAAAUACAGUCAAGAAAGAAGACAAGCCUAAUUCAAGAAAUCUUCACGUUUUGUAGUUAUAAGAAAUAAAAAUGACUGACUAUACUGUAAGGUCAUACGACACUUUUUAUGUCAAAACAAAAAAUGCCUUGAUAUGUAAUGAGUUCCCAAAGCUCAACUCAUCAUGCAGAUGUAUUUAUUUUUGUUACCUUUUUUCUUUUGCCAGGACUAUAACCACAAAUGUACUGUAGUAUUUCAAAUAUUUACAAUAAAAUACUUUGUACUAAGUUUAUAAA